AUGUCCCUUGCAGAAAGCUCCCUCCGGAUCCUGAAGCUCGGCGGCGACAACCUCGAGCUAUGUGCACUCCCUAGCUGCGACGAGGCUGCCCUCGACUUCCCCUGCACCGGCUGCAACGAUGCGCCAGAUCCUGAUUUCUCCGGUACUCCUCUCGAGGAUGUGCGUUCCUGCUGCGAGGCCCACGGUGAGCAGGACGCCGACGACCACAAGGAUACCUGCCGCCACCGCCGUUGGCUCCGCGAUGGCGCCCGCAUUGGCGACUUCUACCACAAGAUCUUCAUAGCCGCCAGAAAGGAGAUGUACGAGCGUGUGCUGGUAAGGCAAGAGAAGAACUACUACGUACAGGAAGCACGAAACUUCGUAUUUCGUAAUUACACCAAGCCAGCAUCUAAGGAAGCUUUCUGUGGCACAGACGUUAACGAAGAGAACAAGCAUUGCACUCUGAGUCUGGAUGGCUGCGUCUACGGCGUGCAGAUUGCAACUCCAUUCCUCGCCUAUAGGUACAUCACCAAAGACUCGCCCUUUCGUAUCGUCGAUCUCUACAUCAAGCCUCUUCCGCAGACCAUCGCCAAAGCCCGCUUCGAGAGCGGCCACGCCAUCCAAAUCGAAGAAUACACGCACACCGUCCAUCGACUGGCCCCGAGCUUUCUGCCUUCGCAAGGUCCCAUCUUCGACCAAGAUGGAAUUACCCUCGACUCCUCCUGCGCCCACGCAGAUACUUUGCUCUCAAUGAGCUAUACGGAGUUUGAGCAGGCGAAAGAGACGGUCGUUGCGGCGUUGAGGAAGGAGUUGAGCAAGCUUCGUUCCGAGUUUGACGAUAUCGAUUACGUUUUGAUCGGGACAGAGGAGAAGCAGAAGGAAAAGGAGAGGCUCGUGCCAAAUAUAGAGGAAUAG